CCUUCUUCCCUUUUGUUGGUCCCACUUCAUCCCCGUUUCUGUCUCGUGGGUCCCAUAGAGUCUCUCCACCGUCACCCUUCCGGCCACACAAACUCUUCUCUUUCUCUCCAAAAUCACAAUUUCAUUUCUUGAGGUCUCUCCUCUGUAAUUCAAAUUUUUCUGAUCCUUUGCCCUCUAAAUUCUCUUUCUCAUACAUGUUUUCUCUCCUGCAAUAACUUUCUGUUCCUCCUCCCCAUUUUCUUCCACCUCACUUUUCAUUAAGAAAACAAUACAAACAGAGGAAUCCAUAGAGAAACUCUUUAUACAUCUCUCGAUAUUUCUCUCCUUCUUCUCUCAUAUUUUUCAUACUUAGAAAGAGAGAAAGAGGAGAGAAAUCAUCUUUGGUCCUCAAUCCUAAACAAUCUAAAAUCAAAAGCUAAUAACAAAAGGGUGAUUGAAACAUUAUUGUAUGUGAAAAAGGAAAAGAAAAAAGGUAAAUGAUGACAAACAACAAACAUAGUAACUCAACGGCAUUGAGCGAUGAUGCAUCAUCUGGUGGUGGCAGUGGUGGUGUUGCAUUAAAGAAAGGGCCAUGGACCGCCACAGAGGAUUCCAUUUUGAUAGAAUAUGUAAAUAAACAUGGAGAAGGCAAUUGGAAUGCUGUUCAGAAGAAUUCAGGUUUGUCUAGAUGUGGUAAGAGUUGUAGGCUUCGUUGGGCUAAUCAUUUAAGACCUAAUUUAAAGAAAGGAUCUUUUACACCUGAUGAAGAACGUCUCAUUCUUGAACUUCACUCUAAACUUGGCAAUAAAUGGGCCCGUAUGGCUGCACAGUUACCAGGAAGAACAGAUAAUGAGAUAAAGAAUUACUGGAACACGAGAGUUAAGCGACGGCAACGAGCCGGGUUACCACUACAUCCGAAUGAUAUCCAUAAACAAGGGACAGCGACGUUCCACCAUAGCCAAUCUUAUCUCUCACAACCUCCUCACAACUUAUCAAAUUUCUCUUCAUCUCAGCAACAAAAACAGAAUUUUGGGACUCCACUAUCGGUUUUUGAACCUAUGAAUCUUUCAUCAGCUACAUCUUAUCCUGCUCAGCAGAAUACUCAUUUUAUAUCAACACCCGUUAAUGGUUUCAAGCAUUUUAGAGGUGACAACUAUGGUUUCUCUCAUUCUUAUUCUAAUAAUUCGACGUCUUUGUUUAAUCAGAAUUUAUCUAGUCAAUUGUUACCACCUCCUUCAAUUCAGUUCAACCUUGGGAAUUAUGAUCUUAAUCAACAACAAACUAUUAUGCAAAACCAAUACGAUUCCACGAGAACAUCGGCUCCAGAUUUCUCCACGAAAUUAGAGCUCCCUUCAAACCAAUUGUCACAACCAGCCUCGGAUGCUGAAUAUCAGAUUAACGAUAGUUUGUCAAUACGAAGCAAUAGUGGAUUAUUAGAUGCAUUGAUUCAAGAAGCCCAGGCUAUGGGUAAUGGGGAGGAUAUGAAAAGAGAAGGAUUGUCGUCUGAGCAAGAAGAUAAAUGCAGGAAUCAUGAUGAUGCAUUAGUUGGAGAUGCUCCAAGUAGUAAUGGUACACCCCCAUUAGGAUCGGUAGGAGGACAAGAUUGGAAUGAUUCUAGCCCUAACCAUUCAUCUGUCGGAGAAAAGAGAAAACAACCAACAGAUAUAGAGCUAAAUUCAGCAGUUGAAGAAGACGAUGAUUUGUCGAAUCUUCUAGAUAUAAUUCCAUCAGCAAUGUUAGUUUCAGACUUCUAUAAUGAUGGUGGUGAGAUUUCAAAUGGACAGUCAUCAGGAGUAACAGAUGAAGAUACCGGCUUAGAUAUGCAGCAGUUACCUUCGUCCAUAAACACGACGACCACAAACACCACCAACACAACGACAACCAACACCACCAUGUCUAUGAGCCAUGACUGGACUACUGGUGAUUGGAACAACUUGCCUGAAAUGUGUUAAGGAUGAAUAUAUCUCUUCAUUAUGGGCAUUAUGUGAUUUUAUCGGUGGGCUUAUAAGCACUGAACUGUUGAAGCUUUUUUUGUUGGUUUGUUAAGUUUAUACUUGUGACAGCUGUUUCUUUAUAAACAUAUUUGGACAGAUAAUAUAUAUGGUUCUGCAUUUAGCAAAUUAGCUCAA